UUUUUCUGAAGACUAUGAGAGAAAUAUAGCCAUACAUUAUGAAAUACCUCACACACCAUAAUAUUCUACUAGUAGAAAAACAAAUAUGGCUAUAGUAGCUUUAGCAGUCCCAUUGGCAAUGAAUGGAGUUGUGAAAAUGGCCACAAAUUCACAAGCAUACUUAAAAGGCCUAUGUCGCCAUUUCUACAAACAGUGUUGGGUUUCCAUUCCUAAAUCUCAACAACUUAUCGUCAUGUCCCCUUCAGGUAAAGUUGGUCCUAUUCGUAAUUCCGGUGGUGCUUUAAGCAGCAUGCGAAAUGUCAAGAUGUCUGCAAAAGCGGGUGGUCUUGCUUCAAACGGUGACAUUGAGCCAUUAAGGCGCUGCGUCGUAUUGGAUAUUGAAGGAACCACAACGCCCAUAUCAUUUGUUACAGAUGUUCUUUUUCCUUAUGCUCGUGAUAAUGUGGGGAGACAUUUGGAUGCAACAUAUGAUUCAGCAGAAACUCAGGAGGAUAUUAAGCUACUAAGAGCUCAAGUACAAGAAGACUUGGAAAAUGGUGUUGCCGGUGCUAUGCCUAUCCCUUCUAAUGAUACUGGGAAGGACGAGGUAAUUGCAGCUUUAGUAACCAAUGUUGAGGCAAUGAUUAAAGCUGACCGAAAAAUUACCGCCUUAAAGGAGUUACAGGGGCAUAUAUGGCAAACGGGGUUCCAAAACAACGAGUUAGAGGGGGUUGUUUUCGAUGACGUGCCUGAAGCUCUUGAGAGAUGGGCUGCUUUAGGCAUCAAGGUGUACAUAUACUCAAGUGGCAGCAGAUUGGCACAGAGGCUUUUGUUUGGUUACACAAACUAUGGGGACCUAAGAAAAUAUCUGUGUGGAUUUUUUGAUACUACAGUAGGGAAUAAGAAAGAAACUAAAAGCUACCAUGAAAUUACAGCAUCCUUGGGGGUAGAUCACCCAUCCGAGAUUUUGUUCGUGACUGACGUGUAUCAAGAAGCCAUAGCUGCAAAGGCAGCAGGUUUGGAAGUGAUAAUAUCUGUCAGGCCAGGGAAUGGACCUCUUCCAGAUAAUCAGGGAUUUAAGACAAUCAAGUCCUUUUCAGAGAUCUAAAGAUGGAACAUGUUGCUCUGUGACAUUUUCCCCGUCUCUGUAUGAUAAGUACUAAUUAAUUAGAAGAAAAAAAAGAAGACAAUAGUUAUCUCAAGUGCAUAAUUGUAUAUGUGACUACUGUUAUUUUACCGGUCUCUCAAUAAUAAUUAUUUUCAUCAAA